AUGGCUUCAAUCGCUGAAGACGUCUUGGGCAUCUUCGUCAUUGCGAUAUUCAUUGCCAUCUUGCUGUAUGGCAUUACGACAGCGCAAGCUUUUCUUUUGCUAUGCCGUGUAGGCUUCACUUUGGCGUUGUCCAUCCUACUAUGGACUCUCGGGCAAUGGAACCGGUUCAGGGAAGACACCAAGUCGAAGGCGACGUUCUUGAGCAGUCUUGCGAUGGCGGCGAUGGUCGACCUGGUUAUUUCCCUGAUACAGAUAUACUAUCUCUGGACGAGCCGCACGGGGUUCAGGAGCACGGACCGUCUCAUCAAUACGCUGCUCAUGUACAUCGUGCAUUCGGGUGGACUGACGACAUUGAUCUCCGUGAUGAUUCUCGUGCUGUUCGAGAUCCCGGCACUGAAGAACAACAUCAUGUUCGUCGGGCUCGUGGGAAUCCAGAGCAAACUAUACGCCAACUCGUUCCUGGCGACGCUGAAUGCACGGGUACACAUCAAGAAGCGGGCCUUCGGAUCUAACGGUAUGGAUAUAGAUACCGUAGAGCUGAACCAGCGAGGACGCGGGGGCCCACAUGAGGAGAACAGGCCGUCUAAGCCGGCCCUUGCGAUCUUCACGGAGACGCAUGUUGUCAAGGACAGCUAA